GAGUUCCCUUUGGGGUGAGAAGGGUGGGAUAUAAAUGUAGUAAAUAAUUAAUUAAUUUUAGACUUAGGAUCGCCCAAAGUCUGACAUGACUUGAAGGCACACAACAACAACAACAAUCCUAAUUAACUUGACUAUCUCAUUGGCUAGUAGCAGGCCCACACUUUCCAUUGAAAUCCUAAUAGGUUUAUGUUGGUUAAAAUUGUUUUCAUUUUUAAAUAUUGUAUUUGUAUUGUUCCGUCGUUGUUGUUGUUGCUGCACUACAAAUAAGACAUGUGGCGUAUGCAUAGGAAUUUGUUUGUAUUUUUUUUCAAAUGAUAAUUCGGCCCCUCAACAGUCUGAAGGAUUGUGGACCGGCCCUCUGCUUCAAAAGUUUGGGGACCCCUACUCUUGACCUUUGCAAAUGCAUGUGGGAAUACUUAGAGGAAGGCUUAUGAAAUCCAGUGCGCUUCGCAUGAAAGUAUGUCAUCCUAUGGAUUUGGGAAAGCGCCAUUUGGGAAAUGAAUUGUGUGGCGAAAUCUCCCUCUGGGGAAUUGCUGUGCGCUCCGACAACCUGCCGGGUGAGAUGUUGCGAAGGGGACGGGCCUUUCUGGGCCAGCGCAACCGGGCAAGGCAUGUGGUGCCAACUGCCUCUUCCUCCGUAUCGGGCAGAACGAGGCCAGCAGCUGUUGGCCUCUUAAUCGGGAUGAACUCGCUUUCUAAAAAAAGGGGCACAUAUCUGUCUUAAUGCAAACUCUGCUGGGUUGUAUAACCAUGCCACGCUUGGUUUCCGGUGAAAUACGAGGACAGAUGGCCUCAAAUCACGGUCGUUUGGGUCUGUUUUAGUAUAAAAUGGUGUUGCCUGCUUGUUUGCUUCAAUAUGGGAGGAAAUCUGACCAGAGGGAUUUUAUUCAUGGAGAUAAUAUUGAUCCAGUAUGUCUGACCUCUUGCAUCUCCAAUAAUAGUCCCGUAUUUACGCCUCUUCCAGCACAAUUUGGAUAAUUCUCCCCUCCUGAUGAUUUUGACAAACUAGCACUUUGGCCCAGGUUUUUUCUAGAUUUUAUCCAAGAUUUUACCUUUUGUUCUUGAAUCUUGAUUUUAUGACUGUUUUUUAUUGUUAUUAUUUGUUUUUAUUGCUUUGUUUUUAUUGUGGACUGGGCUUGGCCCCGUGUAAACCGCUCCGAGUCCCUUCGGGGAGAUGGGGCAGGGUAUAAAAAUAAAAUUGUUGUUGUUAUUAUUAUUAUUAUUAUUAUUAUAUAACCCAACAACAACAAACUUUUUUUCAAAUUCAAUUUUUAUUAGUGCUUUUCAACUUAAAAAUAAAAUAAGACCAAAAUUUGACAAAAGGAAAAAGAAAAGAAAAAACAAAACAAAAAAAAACCCUCCAAAAACAAAAACAAACUUUUACAAAAUUUCCGUGACAGGAAAGGAAGGAAGAGGGGGUAAGAAAAGGAAAAGAAAAAACAAUAAUAAUAAUAAUACAGAAAGAAGAUAAAAUUGACUUCCAUCUUUUGCACACUAUCUUGUAUGAAAAAAGUUUUACAAUCUUUUUCUCAACCAUCUCUAUCUAGUGUCUCUAUUUUACAUAUUGCCGGUUGGUAUGUAAAUAAUAGGCAAUUUUCUUGGCCUUGGUCUUUAGGUCUGUUCCUGGGGUUAUUUGGGGCACUGAUUUGGAAAAUUGCAUUGAAUAAUUGCAUCAGCUUUAGUUUCUGAGAUAGGUUAUUGUGGUUUUCUGUGGGCAAAUAGAUGAUGACUGCUAUUUAUCAUGUCAGAAGCAAAUUGAGAAACAUACUGCAAGUCACUUCUGGUGUGAGAGAAUCAGCUGUCUACAAAGAUAUUGCCCAGAGGAUAUCCGAAUGUGUUGACAUCCUGCGGGGAGACUUCUGGUCGAUGUUAUGUAUUCUAUGUACUGUAUAUACUCGAAUAUAACCUCCCUUUUCAGCCUCUUUUUUUAGUACUGAAAAAGCCCCUCUUGGCUUAUACUCAAGUGAGGGUCCUCGCUGGCUUAUACUCGAGUAUAUAUGGUACAUUUAUUAUUUUCUCUAUUUACAUUGGUAUUAUUACAUUUAUUAUUUUACUCUAUUAUUAUUGUUAGUAUUACAUUUAUUUUACUCUGCGGUGACAGCCGACAGGGAGCUCCAUGAGGUCACGAAGAGUCGGAAACGACUAAACGACUGAACAACAACAAACAUUUUAUUAUCAUUAAUACAUUAUUAUUAUUAAUUAUUUCACUCUGAUAUUAUUAUUGUUAUUACAUUUAUUAUUUUACUCUAUUAUUAUAAAAAGGAUACAUAAGCACAUUUACAUUGAAGAAAAUGAGAAUAAUGAUUUGAUCAGAGUUGGACAGUCUUAUCUUAAAUUUGAGCUUUAGGUAAAUAUUUGAAAACAUUUAACCUACCGAUGCCUCAAUUAAUAUAAUUUUAUUGGUAUGUAUUUUUAUUUCUGAAAUUUGCCCACCCUCGGCUUAUACUGGAGUCAAUGUUUUCCCAGUUUUUUGUGGUAAAAUUGGGUGCCUCGGCUUAUAUUCGGGUCAGCUUAUACUUGAGUAUAUACGGUAUAUUGUUUUAAAAUGUUGGAAUUUUAAACAUGUGUGUUAAUUGCUGUUAUAUUGGUUUCUUGUGUAUUGAUUGUUUUUGUCAAGGAACUUUCCAUGCAGUGUUUUGUUGUGCCAGCUGUCAGCUCUAGUUUGUAGUGCGGUUUUCUUGUACUAAUUCUUUGUCUGCUGUGUUUUGAGGAGUUUCUGAUUUUUGACCUCAAUCAAAGCAGGUUCUUCACUUUGCUUUCCAUAUUCUGCCAGGGCAUGUUCUUCUUCUUUGACUGCUUGUUUUACUUGUAAGAGUCCUCUGCCCUAUUAUAAUUAUUAUUAUUAAAUCAUAUCAAGAGAGCAAACCCGGGUUUGAGACGGACUCAUUUUUUUAAAAGAUAUUUUUAUUGAAAAGUUAUGUACAUACAUCAUAACAACAUACAGUAACAAACAACAAUAAAACAAGUGCAACACACCUCACACACACAAAAGGGAGGGGGGAGUGAUAAGGAUUGAUAAGGGGGAGAAAAGGGGAUGGGAAACAGAAAAUACAGUAAGGAAUGUGAAUAGUGGGCACAAUGGGGGGGGGGGGUGUUCUUCCGAUCUUUGUACGUCUUUUUGUUAUAAGUUCCCUUAUCAAUUUUUAGAUGUAAUUUUCUUAAUGUAGUCCUCAAGUGGAGACCAGUCCGUGUCCUUCAUCGCUCUUCCAUUACUCUUCCUCAGCAAAAAAGUUAAUUUGUCCAUAUCCUUUAUUUCAAUCAAUUUUCCCAGCCAUGCUUCUUUUGUUGGUGCAUUUUCACUUUUCCAUUGCUUUGCGACCAGCAUUCUCGCUGCAGUGAUACAGAAGGUGAAUAAUUUAUCUGUAUUUCUAUCUACCAUAAUUGAUUGAUCGUAUAACCCUAGCAAUAGGAGUUCAGGUGCUUUUUUAAAAUUUGUUUUUAAGAUUUUGUUACUUUCCUCUAGUACCAUCGACGGACUCAUUUUGACCGUCCUAUCAACCCAAAUAUUCAGUGGCAAAACCUGUAUCAGGGCAGCCUACUUGCAGAUGGAGGUGGCUACAGAUUUCCGAUCCUGGUUAGCAUAGUUGGCAAUUUCGUCCAAAUGCAGCAAACUGGUUUGUUAGAAGUGGUUUACCCUUGAGCCGAGAUCCUUGACCACUGUGUGGCCUUCCUUCGGUGACAAAUGACUUUGCCAUAAUCCCAAAGCUGCUUAUCUCGCCCCUUGAACACGCAAAAGAUGGCACACGAAGAGGAAAGGAGCGUGUGUGCCUGUGUGCCAAGACGCUGCCAUGACUUGUUUCCUUUUCAAAGACAACAAGCCCAGUUUUGUCCCGAUUGGGAAGUGUGGGAGCUUGUGAGAGGAGAGUCACGGGGAAGGAUCCUCCUGCGUGAGAAGCCCUCCUCCCAGCACGAAACCAAUGCACGACAAAGCCGGGCCGAUGCACAGCCUGGAGAAGCUGGACGCAUUGCACAAAGAGAAGAGCCUGGAUUCCCCGAAUGGCAACCUGCACUUGAACGAUGCCGUAAAGGACGACGAGCUCAAGAAAUGUCACAGAGAAGUGGUGGCUCCGAACAAAUACAACUCUCAGUAUCACAAGUUAUUUAAGGACAUCCCCACGGAGGAAAGUGUGUUGAAAGUGUGCUCCUGCGCCCUUCAGAGAGACAUUCUUAUCCAAGGCCGGCUCUACAUUUCCCCCAACUGGCUCUGCUUCUAUGCAAACCUUUUUGGGAAAGAUAUCAAGGUUGUUAUCCCCGUUGUCUCCGUUCAGCUAAUAAAAAAGCACAAAACCGCCCGGCUGCUACCGAACGGACUGGCUAUUACUACAAAUGCCAGCAGGAAGUAUAUCUUCGUCUCCCUGAUCUCGAGAGACAGCGUCUACGAUGUUCUGCGAAGGGUCUGCACACACUUGCAGGUUUCCAGCAAAAAGAGCCUGAGCUUGAAAGAACUGACGGAAGAGCCAGAUGCAGUGGCGUUGGAGGUCAUUGUCCCAGAGGUGAAAUGGAGGAAGGGCUCGUCGGCAUCGUUGUCGCUGGCCCUCCCCCUCCCCCUCCCCCUCCCGGAGGCCGGGUUCCAGUGCAUCCACCGGGCCUCCAUCAGCAGCCUCAGCACCAAAGAGAGCUCUUGUAACUCUGAAGAGCCUCUCAUAUCAGAGAGUGGAAUAAACACCGAAGAAGAGUUAGAAGUGGAGCCCAGCUACAAAGCGGAAUUGAGACUGUCUGAUUAUCAGUUGCUGAAGAUCUUCAUUGUGUUGAUUUGCCUCUUGGUGGUCUCCUCCUCGUACUUGGCUUUCCGCAUCUUCCGCUUGGAGCAGCAGCUCUGCUCUUUGAAUCGGGAUUAUCUCUCGCGGGUGCCCCGGAGGUGACUCUGGCCCCGGGAGGGACGAUCCUAGAGAAAGAGAGGAAGAGAGAACCGCACCUUAAAGACAAAAUCCUUGCCGCGUCCAAGUGGUUUGCGUGGCUGCAAUGAAGACGAGGCAAAAGGAUCCCUUGUUCGGACUCUUGGACCAAAGCCGAAAGGUAGACGUGACUCCUCGGCAGCCUCUUUCGGUGGUGCUUUUUAUUGCUGGCCGGUAAAGAGACAUCACUUGGGCAUUGCUUGUCUGUGGAUGGAGGCUCCAGUCCAAUCCUAUCCCCAGCCCUUGGGGCCGCCGGAUGACUUUUUCUAUAGAAAACCACAGAGAAAAGUGGAGAUUAUAUUACAGGGCUAAUUCUGAGGCGCCCGACUGUUUUGGGUUGGUUUUGGGCAGUGUCUUCCUGGAGUUUUGCAUUCAAAAAUGUGACUGUUAUCACCAGAGGGAUGUAUGCAAGUUGCGGAGAAGCAGAUGGAGUUUUCCACCCGGGAGAUUGCGGGAAUCCUGCUUUGUGCCAAUAAAGGAGAGCGACGGCUAAGGAAUAUUUUCUCAAGGAGGACGGAGCACAGCUUGGAGACAUCUCUUCCUCCUUCUGAGCACAAAAUAAUUUCCAUCGGGACUGCUCUUCUCGUGUGAAUGGGAUGCCACAAAAAUGCCAGUAGUUGCCAUCGUGGUAUCCUGUGAGGUGCCAGGCGGGACCUGAGCGCUCACGGACCGGGACCGAACGAAUGGAAAGCAGCCUUUCCAAACCAUCAUGGCUACGACUUCAAGAAAGGAGGAAACGAAGAGACACGACUCGGUUGUGUUGCCGUUGUUGCACUUUACUUCGGUCUCGCCCCUAUUAGUAAUAUUAAACUUUAUUUAUAUUCCGCCCUAUCUCCCUGGAGGGACUCGGGGCGGAAUCAAAACAUUAAACGCCUGAACACAACAACAAUACACCCAUUACAAUGAAAAUUGACAAACCAACGAUACAAAAACAAAUUGCGACUUAAUAACAAAAAUUAAAUGAACAACACAACCUGUUGUAUCAGACAUAAGACAAAACAUCAGACAUCGAACCACAAAAAUGCCUUUUGAAGGCACUACAGCUCAACAGAUCCCUUAUAUUACAGUCCUUUCCUCCAAAAGGUAGCUUUUACCACAAUUUGUUGUCUUCUGAAGCAUAUACAGUAGAGUCUCACUUAUCCAACAUAAACGGGCCCGCAGAACGUUGGAUAAUCGAAUAUGUUGGAUAAUAAGGAGAGAUUAAGGAAAAGCCUAUUACACAUCAAAUUAGGUUGUGAUUUUACAAAUUAAGCACCAAAACAUCAUGUUAUACAACAAAUUUGACAGAAAAAGUAGUUCAAUACUCAGUAAUGCUAUGUAGUAAUUACUGUAUUUACGAAUUUAGCACCAAAAUAUCAUGAUAUAUUGAAAACACUGACUACAAAAAUGUGUUGGAUAAUCCAGAACGUUGGAUAAGCCAGUGUUGGAUAAGUGAGACUCUACUGUACAACCUACUCUCUUGCCUUUUAGUUUGGGAAUGAUCCCUUCCAGGAGGGAGAAAAGCCUCCCGGCGGGGCAUCAAAAGGGCUUCUGGGAUUCUUUUGGCAUGAGAGUGGGUUUUAAAAAUAAUAAUAAUAAAAUGAAAAACUUUAUUUACAGACAGCCCUAUCUCCCCAAAGAAACUCAGGGCGGUUUCCAAACAUCAUAAUAAUAAUAAUAAUAAUAAUAAUAAUAAUAAUAAUAAUAAUAAUAAUACUUUAUUUAUACCUUGCCACCAUCUCCCCGCAGGGACUCGGGGCAUUGAACAUAUGGCAACCGUUCAAUGCCCAAAGAAAACCGUACCAAACAGUUUACAUCACAUUAGACAAUAUAAACAAUCUUAACUGUAACUUAAUAAACAAAAUGAUGACCAACAGGAUAAGACUGAAAAUAAAAUUUAAAAAAACAUCAUUAAAAACCCUGAUAAAACACAUUUAAAAUAAUAUAUAUAUACAGUAGAGUCUCACUUAUCCAAGCUAAAUGGGCCGGCAGAAGCUUGGAUAAGCGAAUAUCUUGGAUAAUAAGGAGGGAUUAAGGAAAAGCCUAUUAAACAUCAAAUUAGGUUAUGAUUUUACAAGUUAAGCACCAAAAAUUCAUGCUAUACAACAAAUUUGACAGAAAAAGUAGUUCAAUACGCAGUAAUGUUAUGUUGUAUUUACUGUAUUUACUAAUUUAGCACCAAAAUAUCACGAUAUAUUGAAAACAUUGACUACAAAAAUGGCUUGGAUUAUCCAGAGGCUUGGAUAAGCGAGGCUUGGAUAAGUGAGACUCUACUGUAUAUAUAAUAUAUAUAUAUAUAUACUAGCUGUGCCCGGCCACACGUUGCUGUGGCGAAGUAUGGUGGUAUGGGAAAUAAAGUAUUGAGGAAUUGGUGGUAGUUAAGGUCAAGAAUCAAGGUUUUACCUUACAUUAAGUCCAUUAUAAAUGGGUUAUAUAGCUGUGUGGAAGGGCCUUGAGUCUACACUGCCAUAUAAUCCAGUUAAAAUCUGAUAAUCUGUAUUUUAUAGGCAGUGUGGAAGAGGCCUGAGGCCUAACUCUGCCUGUCCCCUGGGCUGAGUGGGUUGCUAGGAGACCAAGUGGGCGGAGCUUAGCCUUCUAACUGGCAGCAAUUCGAUAAAAACAAUUCUUCCUCUCCCUCUAAUUAGGACUUUAUUUUUCUUUUCGUUUUGUUGCAUGAACAUAGAGGCAUGGAUGAGAGGUUGUGCUGCCAAGUUUAGUGUUUCUGGGAUGUGUAGUUUUGUUGUUUUGUCCUAGGCCGAAAUUUCAUUACUCUUUUAUAUAGAUAGAUAUAACUGAGUACAUCAAAACUGCAUCAGGCGAGGAGUUUCGAUGCCUAGCUUUCAAAGAACGCGCUCCCAUGCAUUGCUGGUCUUUGGAGCAACUUUGGGAAGGAGAGUUUAAAUGCGGAAAGGGCAGCCCAUAGGUAGGCUCUAGGUCUCACUUUUGCAGCCGUGGAAGCCUCUUUGGAAAACCUCCAAAAUCCCUUGACGACAAGUCACCCUUUAUAGUUUGUCCAAAUGCUAUCUUAUUAUAAUUUAUUUAUUUUUUUGUCCUGGAAACGGCUCCCAAAGAGGCCUAAAACAUCCUCCAAACGCCUGCAAAUAUUUCGGUUUGAUGCUGGAAUCGUGGAAGUGUUUUUGUGCCAUUCCACUUGGUCUUCUCAUGGAAGUCAUUUCUGAAAGGUGCCACGGUUCUCCGGCACAUUUUCAGGUUUAAAAGCCCAGUCUUUGCAGACAGGGCUACCACCAGCCAAAGCUGGGACCUGCUACAUUUGGAGAAGGGCUCGGACAUAAGAGAGGGCAUCUAGUCUGGUGGACUCCUCUAGAAGGAGCAUCACUUUAAUGCUCACCAAUUGCACAUUUCCCGCAAUGCUCCAGAGUGGGAACGCUAUGGGAAAUUAAAUAAAUACCUAGCUCUUGGAUAUAUGCACUUAACUAGAACAUUGCAGAAAAAAGAUGGAUAAUCAUUGGUAGGUCCCCAGUGGUUGCCCUGGAAUGGAACAUCUGAUGCCAGGUUGGCUUGAAUAAGGAGAGAUUCAAGUCGAGUAUUGUCAAGCAGGAGUGAGAAAUAUACCGUCUAUGACAUGUUAUAGGACUGCAGCUCCCAUGACAACAAAAGCCAAUAUUGUGAGACUUGAUUGGAGUCGGGUGUCCAACGAAACCCAAAAGGACACCGAUUCCCAUUCUUGCACUAGACCAAGGAGAGGUCAACGCUGGUGGAUGCUCUCCAGAGACUUUGCAGUGUGGCUGGGGGUGAUGGGAGUUGCAGACCAAAAGGACUUGUUUAUGGCACUUAGUUGACUGUCUGUCAAAGAAAACACACCAAUUGUAUUCUUCCCGCCCGGGUGCAAGACGUUCGCCGGCUGCCGGUCGGUCGGUGGGCUUCUUUCUUAGCAAUAACGUCUCAGGUGUUUCAUGUCUUGUUUGUAAUCCCAUCCUCCCGUGUUGUGGGGAGGUAAAUGUCAUGUUUGUGCUGAUUAUUUUGUAUUAUUUUGGAAAGCGCUGCUAAGGCAAAGUCCUUUUGUUUACUUGCGGGUUGUCUUGGAAUGGGCAGAGUUUGGGAAAGGAUCCUUUCUCUUGGACUACAACUCCGGCCAUUCCCAAGCCAGCCUGACUGUUGGGAGUAACUUUCCCAAGGAUGAGGAAAGGGGCAAAAGCAGAUCCGGAAAGUGCCAAGACAAUUUGGUCGAUAUAUAUAUAUAUAUGCCAAGGUGGGUUUUUUUUUUGCUGCAUUUUCUAUCACCCUGACACGUUUGUGCUUGAGAAUAAUGGUUCAGAGCAUGACCCAUGCGCCGGAAGACCCUCGUUCGAGUUACAGCUGAGCUGUGAACGCAGUCCAAUGAGCAGUUCUCCCUGGGCCUUAGGAGCCCUUCCUUCUUUGAUACGGAGAUUACAGUGCUGACCUACCUUACAGGGUUGUUGUAAGGAUGAUCAAUGUACGCGGAGAGCUUUGAACACUUUGGAGAAGCGCUUUAUAAAUAUUAAGUAUUA